AUGUGUGUCUUUUCCAAUCAGGUCCAAUCCAUCAAACGAACGAGAAAAUCCUCCAUCAAAUGUAGUAGCGCUUCAUCAUCAUCGACGACGACAUCCGAAGAGGACAACACUGAUUUUUCGCGUCGCCAAGCGGUUUUAUCUACCGCCGCCGGCGCGUUUGCGUUGACCCAAAACGUCAACCCGUCCUACGCCUUGUCCGGUUUCAACGUCGUCAAAGAAACGAGAGACGGAUAUCAGUUCAUCUACCCGGUCGGAUGGCAAGAAAUCUCCGUCGAUGGGCAGGCGAAGGUGUUUAAAGAUAUUAUUGAACCGUUAGAGUCUAUUUCGUUAAAUAUUUACCCGACUGAGAGAGAAUCGUUGAAGGAUAUUGGCACCGCGCAAGAAGUCGCGGAGACGCUGGUGAAGCAAGCGUUGUCGGCGCCGGGGGCGUUGGGGAAGUUGUUGAGCGCGAAGGAAAGAACAGAUAAGGACGGUCAUUUGUAUUAUUCGUUUGAGUUUGUUUCGAAGACGAAGAGUUACGAGAGGCACGCGUUGACGACGGUGACGAUUACGCAGGGGAAGUUUUUCACGUUGACAACGGGGAGUUCGGAGAGAAGGUGGGAUAAGAUGAAGGAGAGACUCAACGCGGCGAACGAUUCGUUUCAAGUUUACUAUUAA